AUGUCGGUACAUACUUCUAUAUACAUAGUGAUUUUUACAUUUUCUGGAUUUUUCUAUGCAAUUAAUGGUCACAUUACUUAUAUUGCAAUUCGACUCCCACUUCAGGGAAAUAGGUCUGAACCCGGAUCACCAUGGCCAAAUCCAGAAACCAUGAAGAAGUCAUCGACAAUACUGACUCUGAAUCCGGAAACACUGGAACUUACAUCUAACCUGGCAGCAUGUGACAUCAUUAAAGAUGCUAUGUCGCGUUAUAAAAACAUUAUUAAGAUGGACACAAAGAAUGCAGACGUGGACAGUCAUCAAAUUAAAAUGAAAAGUCUUUCAAUCGACAUCGAAGAUAAUGAAUGUCCAGGUUAUCCUCAACUCCAUAUGAAUGAAUCAUACAAUUUGACGGUGGACGAAUCCUCUACCCUUUCAGCAGUAUCUGUAUGGGGAGUUCUCCGAGGUCUGGAAACAUUUAGCCAGUUGAUUUAUGUCAAUGAACAAAAGAAGAUUCAAGUGAAGAAAACUUCGAUAGAAGAUAGACCAAGGUUUAAACACCGAGGGAUAAUGUUGGAUACUGCUAGACAUUAUUUACCGGUCUGGAUACUAUUGAAAAACUUAGAUGCGAUGUCAUACAACAAAUUCAACGUAUUUCAUUGGCAUAUCGUUGAUGACCAGUCUUUCCCUUAUCAAAGCGAAAGGUUUCCAGAUCUAUCAGCAAAGGGCGCUUACACUGCAAAACAUGUUUAUACACAUGCUGAUAUCAAAAGAAUUAUUGACUAUGCUCGACUCAGAGGUAUUCGUGUGAUUCCGGAGUUUGAUACACCUGGUCAUACGGCUUCAUGGGGGAAGGCGAGAAAAGAUCUACUGACACCAUGUUAUGAGAAUGGUAUUCCUGGUGUAGGCAAGUAUAAUUCUCAUGGAGAGUAUGAAAUCCUCAAUCCUACAUUAAACCGCACAUACAAGUUUAUGAAAGAAUUACUAGGCGAGGUUGUAGAAGUAUUUCCUGAUGAUUUUGUUCAUCUAGGCAUGGAUGAAACUUACCAUGCUUGCUGGGCUACCAAUCCAGAAAUCUCGAAAUUCAUGAUCCAGAAUGGUAUAGCAAAAGGAGAUUAUACAGCUUUAGAACAAUAUUAUAUUGAGAAAGUUCUUAAAAUCGUCGACAGUCUUAAUAGAAGUAAUAUUAUCUGGCAAGAUCCAAUCGAUCAUGGAGCAAAGGUUCAACAGAAUGCUAUCAUACAGAUAUGGAAAGGCAGUUUAAAUACACCAGGAACAUGGGAAUCAUAUUUGACAAAUAUAACUAACCAAGGGCAUCAGGUCAUCCUAUCAUCAUGUUGGUAUCUAAACUACAUAAGUUAUGGUCAAGAUUGGAAGACAUAUUAUCAGUGCGAUCCCUUAAAUUUCACUGGAAGCGAUGAGAAUUUUAAAAAUGUGCUCGGAGGAGAAGCAUGCGUUUUUGCAGAAUAUAUUGACCACACAAACCUACUUCCAAGACUCUGGCCAAGAGCUUCAGCAGCUGGUGAGAGACUUUGGAGUUCUAAUGAUGCAAUUCAGGAUGUAGAAUCAGCCGCGUUUAGAUUGGAUGAACACAGAUGUAGGAUGUUGAAACGUGGUAUCCCUGCUCAACCUAUUCUAGAUGGGUACUGUGGUGAAUAUGAAGUUGAUGAACAGAAAGGAAAUGAUUGGACAGCACAAACAGAUAUUAACAUCUGCACAUUUAAACAGUAUCUUUAUCUUAGACUGGCAUAUGUGAUACCUCCAUCCAAACUGAAACAGCAGUGCUCACGUAUGCAACAGUUUAGAGAGAAAAUGAUUAGUAGAAUCUUUUGUUCCUUGUUGAAUAGGAGAGUUUAA